UACUUCCAUUUUUUCUGACGCUUCAUUUAAGCCAAUAUGGUGUCUUCCAUGUAACACGCAGAGUGUGAGCAGUCUUAUUUUGCAGGCGUUAUGCUUCAUAUUGCAGCCAGACUCCCUACAUCGACAUGUCGGCUCCUUACUUCCAGGACUAGCGUGUUGGUUGUGGAGGUGAGAGGAAGAAAAUCUCGCACGGACCCGAAGGCCAAGUCGAAAGCGGGAAGAGUGAAGGUUCCACCUCCCGUCGAUCCGGUGGAGAUGGUCGUCCUCAAGGAGAGAUUCGCUCAGUACGACAUGAUCAUGCGGGCACUCCGGUUCAAGUUUAAGGAAGAAGUGCUGCAGCACAAGUAUGAGCAGGAGGUUGGUUCCCAGGCUGAGGAACGGGCUAAACAGGAGGCAGACCGACACCGUGUCCUCAUGGCCUGGAAUGAUGCAGAGAACCUGCGGCUGCUGAAGCUCCGGGAGAUCCGGGUCCUGAAAGAACGGGAAGAGGCAGAGAAGGAGGAGGCAGCGCUUGCUGUCCUGAGAGAAAAGAAAAUGGAGAGUUUUGUGAAGGAGAAGGAGCAAGAGAUUUUACAACUUGAGGAGGAGUCGAAGACAUUCAUCACCAUGGAGAACUUGGACCAGCGCAUUGAGGAGGCCCUGGACAAUCCGAAAAACUACAACUUUGCUAUCGACAAAGGAGGCAGAGUGGUGAAACAGACAAUGCUACAGUGAGCAAGGAGAGGCUCACCGGAACUUGAGAAAGUUCCCACAAAUGAUGUGUUUUGCGGAAUUGCCCCGUAAUAAAAGUGACUCGUUUCAAAGCAUUUCAGCCAUUCUGGAUCUUAACAACAGGGGGCAGAUUUCCCGAAGCAGCAUUUAUUUUUUUGAGAAUGGAGUCCCGAAUGUCUGUCAUACUGUGAUUAGUUUGCAAAACUAUUACGAAAGCAGUUUGUAAUGUGCAAAUGUGUGUACUGAAAAACCUGAAAUGUUGAAAUCCUUCCCUUUAUUGUUGUCAAAGCAAUCAUCUCCCAUACAGUUAUCAUCAAACACAUGCACUGCCAUGUUAACUGAUGCAUAAUAAAGUAUUAAUUAAAAAUGUUA